AUGGGCUCCUUUGCACUACGUGGAUAUCGCUCUUCCCGGCGGACUUUCUUCCGGGGCUUCGUCCCUCGACAUGCCCACGGUCUUCGCGGUGGAAUGGGCGGCCUACUCAAAGUUGCUCUCCUGGGCACCUGCACCUACUUUAUUGCGAAGAAACUCUCCCACGCAAACCAGUCUCCUCCUCAUGUUGGCUCCAACGGUGGCUCCCAGCCUGUCCAGACAGUUUCGCAGUAA